UUAUUCGAAUUGGAUCUGCUGCCGAGUGCUAAAGUGCCAAAGUGACAUAGAGCCUGUGAAAUGACCACCUCAUCCGCCGAUAGUGUUUUUGUGACCCGUUCCGAGGGUAUCUCAGCCGAAGGAGUGAGGGAUCAGUAUGCCGACGGCAAGGCUGCCAAGGUCUGGGAGAUCUUCAUCGGGGACAAGAACUCGCGCACGGACAACUACAAGAAUUUCCUGGUCGAGUUGCUGCGCCAAAAGGGCUGCAAGCGCAUCCUGGAUGUGGCAUGUGGCACGGGAGUCGACUCCAUAAUGCUGCUGGAGGAAGGCUUUGAAGUGACCUCUGUGGAUGCGUCCGACAAGAUGUUGAAAUAUGCACUUAAGGAGCGCUGGAAUCGCCGCAAGGAAAGCGCCUUUGACCAGUGGACCAUUGAAGAGGCCAACUGGCUGUCGCUGUAUGAUGACAUACAGGAACAGAUCGGCACCGGUUUCGAUGCCGUCAUUUGCCUGGGCAACUCCUUUGCCCAUUUGAUGGAUGCCUCUGGGGAUCAGCGUGAGCACAAGCAGGCCAUCAAGAACUUUGAAAAGUGCCUCAAGCCAGGCGGCAUUCUGCUCAUCGAUCAUCGCAACUAUGAUAACAUCCUGGAAACUGGAGCAACACCUGCCAAGAGCAUCUAUUACAACACGAGUCAUACGGCGGACAUCAAAACAUCCGUUCUCUUCUAUUGCGGUAAACCAGCUUUGGUCUCCAUGGACUAUCAGAUCGAAGGCAAUAAGCUGGCCAGCGAAUUUCGUCUCUCCUAUUAUCCCCACGAACUGAAGCGUUUCACAGAGAUCCUGAACGAGAUCUUCGGCAGCCAGGCCAAGCACAAGCUGUAUGGUGACUUCAAGGAAAUGUCUGUGGUCCAGAAUCCCGCAUUCUAUAUACAUUUGAUUGAGAAGCCUAGAGUUUAAGUUUCCACUAUUGCACAAUAUACAAUUAUUAUUAUUUUAGAGAAA